GCAUUCAUAACCUCUACUUUUCUUUACUUUCAAUUUCACCUCAACUCAAUCUACAUCUCAAAUUGAACAACAAGAUGACUAUUGAAGUUCCCGCUUCUAGGCAGAGAGCUUCAUCUGCCCCCGCCGAUAAUCGUCGCUCUUCUGCCCAGGGAGUCAUGGCUAUAAGCAAGAUCCUGGUGCUCGUUGACGAUGCACCAAUUUCUCCCAAGUCCAUCCACGGGGUGGGUGAGGUUGUUGAGGCUCCUGUCGCCAGUCCCGCCGUCAGUGAUUCUCGUGAGUCCUCUCCGCUCACUGAUCCUGAUGCCACCAUGGUGGAGGGCACUUCAGCCCACACAGAUCUGGACAAGGUGGAGGACACCUCUCCCGAGACAGAUAUGGACAAGGCAGAGGAAAAUGGUUUCAUCCCUCUCGAGGACCGCGAAUUCAUCUGCUGCAACGACGACUUCUCCAUCUGCCAGACUGGUCAAGUGACCUUGGACGUGGCUCGCAAGACCAUCUCCCACCACUUCGGUCGUAACAAGACUUGCACUAAGAUGAUUGGCAUCUGGCCCCUACUCUGCCGCAAGCACUAUCAGCGUGCAACGUACAAGCAGGACUUGUGGCAGCUCCGCAAGAUCGAGUUGAUCAUCCGCCAGUUCUUCAAGAUCGACGAGAUCUUGCCCAGAAUCACUUACAAGAUCUGCCUCAAGAAGUCGGAGGACGAACGUCUGAGCCAGUAUGCCCGCUUGAUUGAUCAGGGCAACACGCACGACCAGGCCUCGGCUUCAGUCCAGGUAAAUCCAAGAGUCAAGUCGUUCCAAGCUCCCAUCAACGUUCUUCGCGAGAUUGCGGACUACCUUGGCCCCAACCAGGACCAAGCAACCUGCGUUCGCCUCAUGAAGCUUAUUUUGGAUAUGGUCGAAAAGAAGGAGACUGCCCAGGUUCCUCAGGUCGAAUUCCUCAUGGAGCAUGAGGAGCUCGAGAAGAAGAAUGGCACUGCCACCUCCACCCCCACCAGCAAGACCACCUCAAAGAAGGGAACUCGCAAGGGAAAGGCAGCAGGAAAGGCCACGAAGGGGUGCGGCAGCCGCAUCUCUACCAAAGGCGCCGUGCAGAAGCCAGUCAAGGCUUAG